UGUAUAUGGAUUCAACAUCCCCUGACCCGAAUCCCCGUUUCCAGUCGUCAUUCUACUUGUCUUGCCUCACAAGAAGGGUUCUGGUUGAACCAGAUUGGAGUUUAUACCAACUGCUAAAGACUUGAGAAAAUCGUUCCAAAAAGUUCGUCCUCGGUAAAUCCUCUUUGUUAUCGCUGAUUCCAUUGUAAUUGACCUAAUCGAAGAUGUUUCUCACAAGGACUGAGUACGAUAGAGGUGUGAAUACCUUCUCUCCAGAAGGUCGAUUGUUUCAGGUUGAAUAUGCCAUUGAGGCCAUCAAGCUGGGAUCCACCGCAAUUGGGUUGAAGACCAAGGAAGGAGUUGUUCUUGCUGUUGAGAAGCGUAUCACUUCUCCACUCUUGGAGCCCAGCAGUGUGGAGAAAAUUAUGGAAAUUGAUGAUCAUAUUGGAUGUGCAAUGAGCGGAUUGAUUGCUGAUGCUCGUACACUUGUCGAACAUGCACGAGUGGAAACUCAAAACCAUAGGUUUUCAUAUGGUGAGCCCAUGACUGUUGAGUCUACUACACAAGCUCUGUGUGAUCUGGCCCUGCGAUUUGGUGAAGGGGAUGAAGAGUCUAUGUCUCGACCAUUUGGAGUAUCUCUUCUCAUUGCUGGCCAUGAUGAGAAUGGUCCUAGCUUAUACUACACGGAUCCAUCAGGCACAUUCUGGCAAUGCAAUGCGAAAGCUAUUGGAUCAGGAUCUGAAGGUGCUGACAGCUCUUUGCAGGAGCAGUAUAACAAGGACAUUACACUUAAAGAAGCAGAAACAAUAGCUCUUUCCAUCCUGAAACAAGUUAUGGAAGAGAAGGUGACCCCCAAUAAUGUUGACAUUGCGAAGGUUGCUCCAACUUACCAUCUGUACACCCCUUCUGAGGUUGAGGCUGUCAUAAGUCGCUUGUGAGAGGAAAAUCCCAUCAUUACCUUCCAGUCAUUGGUUGGCCUUUUUACCGGUGCUUCCAUACGUUCCGGUCAUUGGAUGGCCUUUUUAUCAGUGCUACUUGUACGUGCAUCUGGGAUGACAUUGCUGGGAUACUGGUUUAUUUCCUUCUAGUAUUGGAUUUUAAGCAGAGCUAUGUGCUCUGAUGAGUGUGAAACUUUUUCCAAGAUAAUGUCCUGCACGCUUGUGGUGGGUUUUUUUACAAAUUCAGUGCCAUGCUAAAUCCUUAGGGAUUGGUGCUUAUAUUAUGGGUAGUGCAAAUAGACGUUAGAAACAUGUACUUUUUUCUGCAAUUGGAUGACAUGUAGCUUAAUUGUCGAAAACUUGGUGUACUGGAAUGGUUUUAGUAGUUACUUUUUCACGAACGGAAAGAAAGUUCAAAA